AUGUCUUCACCAAACUGCAACCAUCCCCUAGAAAUGUUCACCCCAACAUGCCCCUCCAAUCUCGAAGACGAUUUCGCACAAACAAAAGAAGAUUUCGACGUCUCUUCUAUUCCGGAUUCCGAUUCUGAAGACGGGGUUACAAUUUACUAUCAAACCCCCGAAAAAAGAAAGGGGGGUGAUAAAUUUGCAGAUCAACGGAUGACAGAUGAUGAGAUUUUUCAUGGUGCUUUUGUUGCGGACUUGACGGUAGAUGAAGGACAAGAUGAAGAAGUUCAUGAGUCUGGUACCGCAGUUCGAUAUUCUACCUCGAGCAGAUUUCCGACUCCGACAACGGAUAAAUUGAUUAAGUAUAUCAAUGAUACAGAUCUCUUGGGAGAUGAGGAUGAUAGAUCUGUCACAAAGUCUCCAACUGUCCAUCAUCAAAACUCAAAAGAGCUCGCGAGAAUCCGAGCAGUGAUUACUCGAAACCGAGUUCCCGAUACUCAUCAGACAACUCAAAACUCUACAUCUGCACUCGCAGUACCAGCAGCUUCCACAGGGGUACGAAACUUCACAACUCAACACCCACCAGCUACGCCUCUGAUCCGGGAUUUCGCAAUUCCGCUACCAGUUAACUUGCCAACUUCUAUCCCCAUCUCCAACCCUCACAAUCUCUACACACUCGAAACCCCGCCAGCCCACCGCGGCACGAAUAUCCGCCAAUAUCAAAGUCUACGAUCAUGUAGAUAUCCCGUAGUCGGCAUCCGCACUAUGUAUCAUUAUCACGGCUUUCUUUUCCGUCGUACUUUGGAUGAUCUUCAUACAUCCUCUAGUGACGAACGGGAAGGAGAAAUAUAUCGAGAAUUAUCUGCAGGGGAAGAAGCAGAUGGUGAGGGAUAUGUGGAUAUGGAUAUGUCUGGAUCUGCAACUGCGCCUUCACGCAGUCCAAUUCUAGGGAAUCGAGAUCAGAGUACGGAGGAUUCGGCAGAGAAUGGGGAGAUUGAGGAGUUAGAAAAUAAGGGACUUUUUCAGAUUCUUCCUCGAAGUUCCGCUCGCGUUUCGAAGAGAAAUAUGGAGAAUCGCGAGGGAUUAAGAACUAGCGUAUCAAGCAUCCCCAGCAUCAUCCCUCCCCUAACCAUCCCCCUCCAACCUCUCCAAAACUUACAAACUCCCCGAAUCGACCCCUGGCCCGUCAUCGCCCUCGCGCAUCAAAUCCCCCUCUUCCCAACACACAUCCUGACCUCCUCCUCCCUCGCGGAACUCUCCCUCUAUGAAAAGCACCUCCAGGACCGGAACGGAUACUCUUCAUCCCCACUCGAUCAAUGGGCCCUAACGCAACACCGACUGUUCCUCUGGAUCAAUUCCGGUGCGUUAGAAAAUGGGAUUGAUGGGGAGACGCGACGGCCGGGAAGUGCGGACAUACUUUUGGAGAUUGAUGGGGAGAGUAGCGAGCUGUGGGACUAUGAGGAUGUGGAGGUAUUUGCGAAGUGGGAGGGGGAUACUUUUAGGAGGUGUUUGGAGUGGGUGCAAGAUGUGGAGAUAAACGAGGAGCGAGAGGAAUGGGGAGACUUGGGUUUGGAAAACCAGGUGUAUGAUUUUUGUGAGGAGGAAGAAAUCAUUCAUCGGUCGGUAAGUGAAGUUGAUAUGUAUGAGAAGAUAUAUGAGGACUCAUCUUCAUCUGAAUGGAUCGAGGAAGAAUACGAUGCCGAAGACGAGCGAGGCGGAAUCAGAUCUAUACAUCAUGUACCCGCGACUCAAAGCCACGAUCCGCGUUUAGGCAGAGUAGUAAAUAUAUUCCGCACGCGGGCACUCCAACGACUAGGAAUAACACAUCAGAAUUCCCCAUUUCGGCAAUCAAUGAAUCAUCCCGCGUUUCGCGAAACCGGAAUCCAAGCUGCGGAUCAUGCGCGUGCGAAUGCGAUGGCAAGAUUUGAGAGAAUUGCGGAGGACUUUGCGCGGAGGGAGAGAGGAGCGGGGGAGGUGGAGGAUCCUGUGAGACAGGGUGAGCAAUCGCGAUUUGAUGGUGCGGAGGUGCAUAUGAGAGGUGGUGCGGGGUCUGGGGAUUCGGGGAAGGGGUCGAAUGAUAAAUUUCCUUCUACUAGGUCCAAGUCUCAGAAUCCACCUCUUCCCAGUGCUAGCAACCCAAAAAGAAACACCUCACUCCUUCAUCCGCAUCUGCAAGCCCAAAUGGAUAAAGUCAGAACUAAAAUCCCACCUCACCUCUCCAUUAUCCACGCCAUCGAAACCCUCAACCAAAAAUUACGCAUUCAUUCCACCACCUCCAGACUCCUUAUUGGCAGUGCAACUAAGCUCCCAAAUCUCAUCAGUAAUCUCCUACCCCCUCUAUCACCAUCAGCACUCCUUGGAACCUCAGCCACCACCCUCUCCGCACACACGCCCAUGCGCGAAAGAAUCCUCCACGGGAUGCAGCAAAUCCCCGCACAAAUCGCCGCCCUCCCUUCAUGA